GCCUAUCGAGCAUGCGUACUGGCGACCAUUAGGUCGGAGAUUCAGUUCUCUGUAUUUCACCGUGUUAAAAUCAGUAAUACUGAAGUUAUUUCAGACUGACAGCUGUCAUUUACUUUAUAAAAUAUAAGAGAGGAUCUUUCUAUAACACUUUAUGUUGUCUGUAACCAAGAAAUAUGAUUCAGACAUCGGAAAAAGCCGAUUCAAAUCUAGAACCAGCGUCGCCCGUUAACUCGCUGGAAGAACAGGCACCGUCUGCGGAUCAAGAGGAUAGUGCCGUUGAAGCGUCUACUUCUGGCGGAGAUGGACAGUAUCCUCCAGACAUCAAGAUUGGAUUUGACGAGCUUUGUCCAGUUUGUGGCGACAAAGUCUCGGGCUAUCAUUAUGGCCUUCUUACCUGUGAAAGUUGUAAAGGGUUCUUCAAGAGGACCGUUCAGAACAAGAAAGUGUACUCGUGUGUAGACAAUCGGAGCUGUCAUAUUGACAAGAGUCAGCGGAAGCGGUGUCCGUACUGCAGGUUCCAGAAGUGUAUCAGUGUCGGCAUGAAGCUGGAAGCUGUUCGAUCUGACAGAAUGAGAGGAGGCCGUAACAAGUUUGGUCCGAUGUACAAGCGCGACCGGGCGCUGAAACAGCAGGCUCUCCGACAGCAGCAGUCCCUGGUGGCCCACUGUCAGUUGCGUCUCGCCAACGGCAUGUCGCCAGUUCCGGGCUCGCCAGAGGACGUGAAACCCGACCUGAUGUUCAUGUCGUCCAACUCCAACACGUCCCACCACAGCAUGAGCUCUUCCCCCGGGCCCCUGCCACUGCAGCCCCUGAACUGCCCCUCCCCCCCGAUCCACCACUCCGGCCUCGGCAGCCACUCCCCUCCCAUGUCGGGUCUGUCGAUGUCGAUCGGGCACCGCAGCAUCCAGUCUCACCACGACUCAUACGGCCACGGCCACAGCCCGAGCUACCCGACGGUGAUGGAUGCCCUGCGCAACUACCAGACGUCGACGUUCCACCACCACCAGUCGCAGCCCUUCAUGGCCAUCAUGCCCCAGCUGGUGGCUGACCUCAAGUCGGGACUCGUGGAGGAGGGUGAGGUGAAGCGCAAGCUGAUGACGUUUUUCCACAACGAGUUCGGACACAUGGACAUUGUCUCGCAGCCCAUCCAGUUCCUGCACAUGCUGUGCAAGAUGGUCGACCAGCUCCUCUUCCUCAUGGUCGAGUGGGCACGCAACUCCUGCGUCUUCAAAGAAUUGAAGGUGGAGGACCAGAUGAAACUACUUCAGAACUCUUGGAGUGAGAUCCUCAUCCUUGAUCUUGUGUACAGACAGGUGCAGGACAGCUGGUCCAGCGAGAUUAUUCUGUCGAACGGUCAGCGGAUAAACUUCGAUAUACUGGACAAACUUGGUCUAGGCGACGUCAAGGCUCGACUGUACGAGCUCAUAAAGAAGAUGAAAGAGUUGAAAAUUGAUGUCUACGAAUAUGCGUGCCUUAAAUUCCUGAUCUUGCUCAAUCCUGAUGUCUCCGGUCUAGACAAUCGUCAGUAUGUGGAGCAAAGCCAGGAGAAAGUGAACGCUGCACUCCUUCAGUAUUGCCUUAAUUUUUACCCCGACAUGAAGGACAAAUUUGGACAGAUUCUGUUGAGACUGCCUGAAAUCCGCGUGAUCAGUAUUAGGGCGGAGGAGUAUUUGUACUUCCGGCACCUCAAUGGGGAGGUCCCCGACCAGACAUUGCUGUUGGAGAUGCUUCACUCGCGGAAGAAAUAAUGUUAUUUGUUUUCUUUAGUGUAUAUUGUUUCCACCAUUUGUCCUGAUGGAAAGCAUCACAGGGGGUGUCCUUGUCAGCUUUCCCCAACUUUCUGGGUAUCUGUGAAAACGAAUCAUUGACUUGUUCUGGUUGUUGUUUUGCUAAUAGCCAAGAUAUGUAUCAUAUAUGGCAUUGGAACAAUUGUAUCAUGUUGGAACAGCUUUGAAUCGAUUAUAGUCCUUGUGUUGAGAGUUGUAAGAAUUAAUUUCCAUCAUAUGUUGACAGUUAGGAAUCAUGAUUUGUGGACGGAAAACAGUCUGAACAGAGUUGAAUCCAAGUCACAUUUUUUCCAUCACGUUUAAACAGCCAAGAACGGCUUUUCAUCUGAGGUUCACAGUCUGGUGUUUUGACAGAAUUGUUUUUAACAAUUUAGUACUCAUGGAACUAUUUUCCAUCUGAGGUUCAGAGUUUAAUAUCCAAGGAACUGGUUUCCAUCCGAGGUUAGCAGUUUAGUAUCCAAGGAACUGGUUUCCAUUUUGGAUUGACAGUUUAGCAUGCAUGGAACUGCUUUCCAUCUGACAGUUUAACAGCCAGUUACAAGUAAUAUCUUAUCAGCUAUGUAAACACCAUUGGCCCACGGUCUGUCCACAUCUUCCUAAGAGUUGCUUGAGCCAUGACAGCCAUGGAUGCUUCCAUUAUCAAAAGUUAUCUAGCCCAGGCUGUUACAAAGAAGAAAACUCAUUGAACAGUUUUUCAAACAAGUCUGAUUGUUACUGACUGGAAAGGAACAGGAAAUAUGUGUUUAAUGAAAUCCCAGCUUAUUUUGAGCAGACUUAAUUGAGUUUAGUAGAUCUCAAUAAGAAGAUGUCAUUGAGGUGACAUCAAUAAGAAGACAUCAUUAAGGUGACAUCAAUAAGAAAACAUCAGUAAAACAGAUGCCAUUGAGCAGGCAAACAGUAAGCAGAUCUCAUUGAGAGAAAGCCAAUAAGCAGACAUCAUUGUGGGAAAGCAAAAAAUAAGCAGUAUUGAGACAACACUAAGCAGACGUGAUUGAGCAGACAGCAGGGAGUAGACACCAGAACCUGGAAAGAAGGAGGGACAAGGAGAAUGGCACCUGGAGAAGCUUGGCUUGCCACGAUCAAUGGACAGCUCACAAGAGAGCAUUUCUCACUGGACAGACGAGUUGGGGAAAGGACAUUUGUCUGCCUAUGAUGAUAAAGACAUUUUUUAUUACAUUUGUGUCACUGAACAAAAGAUUUCCAGAUAUGGUGCAAUGCCUUUUGCCAUACGAGCCAACUUUUCUUUACAUUGAAGUAUAUUGUGAUGACUGAAAAUUGCAUUGUACAUGACAUGUAUAUAGCUAUAACAGUGUACAUAUUAUCAUGUAUAUCUAUUAAAUAUAAUUAUAUAUAUAUAUAUAUAUAUAUAUAUAUAUAUAUAUAUAAAAUUUGUUAAUGCACAGUGAUGGAAUUGUGAAAGCAGUUUUUAAGUGUUCUGCUUGGAUACCUGGUUUUAUAUAUUUAAGCAAGAGCCUUACAGCUCAGGGAAAGUUUGCCUGUGGAUUUUACAGAUUAAUAAACACUUUUUAAUGUAUUUUUUGUCAAUCGACUCCCCUGGGGAAGCCUUUUUCAAUUCCACAAGAUUUCUUUUGGAACCUAUGCUUUGAAGGGUUUUUUAUCAAAACUAUCAUUUGUGAUUUCUUUUGGAACCUAUGCUUUGAAGGUUUUUUUUAUCAAAACUAACAUUUGUGAUUUCUUUUGGAACCUAUGCUUUGAAGGGUUUUUUAUCAAAACUGUAACAUUUGUAAAUGACGAUUAUGUUAUCUACAGAUAAUUUCUUCUAAAGCAACUGUUUUUUUGCUAAUAUCAUGUUUUAGUAAUUAUUUUUUACUCCAAAUAGACCUUCAAAGUUUGCUCACUUUGAAUAACCACAAUUUUUAAAGCAAAUUUAUUUAAAGAUGGACAAUUUUGAAAAAUAUGUUUAUUUCUUUAUUUGGAGGCUCAUUUGGGGUAAUCAUUGUAAAGAAAUAAAAGUACAGUUUAUAUGACAUAUGCAGCCCCAAUCCAUUCUGAUUCUUGUCUGAAAUGAUGCAAGAGUGGACUGGUUUGUUUGUAUUUUUGCAUUAUCCACUACCAACAAGUGCAUUUUGACAUGUUUUAUACCAAUUACGUCAUCUCUUCACUCGUGUUGUUGUUUGGUGUUUAAAAUAUUCUUAGAAUGACACCUAAUAUUUCCCCAAUAGAAUGAAAUGAAGUUUUUAGUGGUGUAAUUUUUAAUUUUUGAUGUUAUUUUUUAUAAAUAUGUAUAUUAAUAUAUAAACAAGUUGACAAUUUGUUUUAAAUAUAAUUUUGUCAUUAUUAUAUAAGAUAAUAAGACUACUAAUACAAAUGAGACAAUCGCUGAUAAUGUAGAUGUUUACAAACUCAGUGAAUCCUACUGUCUUACCACCAUUACAACACUGACCAGUCGGUACUAUUAUCAAAAAACAGUUCAGAACAAAUGUAUCGGCAGAUUGGCAUUAAGAUAGAGUUAAAAACAAGAAGAUAAAAUAUAAUUAUAAAUGAUAUUCUUUUUUUGAUUUGAAGCUUCAUUAUUAAUUCUGUGGUGAAACAUUUUUUUGUUUGUUUGGGUUUUUUUUGUUCAAUUGAGCUUAAUUUAUAUUACGCAGAAUAAACAGUGCUAUGUUAAAAAAAGAAAAUGAACUUUUAUGCUAACUUUUUUUGUUCUUUUUACUUUGUUCAAAAUAAUAAAAUGUGUCAUCAUGAUUGUAAAGGUUUGUAUAUUCAGUUAAUAUACAUGUAAUUGAUUUUUGUUGAUUGUUGAUUUUUUUUUUCUUUUCUCCUCCCCCGCAACAUUUUUAACAAAUAGUGCUACAUACCUUUUAAAUGCGUAAUUUGUUAAUGUUAGGUUUUGAGUGUGUUGUUAUUGUUCAGAAUUGAUAAACAAAACAAAAAAACACAUAUUAUAGUGCUAAAUAAUGUCAAGUGCUAUCUGACAAAAUAGAAAUAUUUUAAUUCAAGAUGUACAUGUGUGUGGCUAAUAAUUCAUAACAUGAGUGUUGUAAUAGUUAUAGCAGUAAACUGUAAUACGUCAUUGAUACCUUAGACAGGGUUUCUAGAAUUUUUUUUAAAUCCACUAGCCAUGGGAUCAGUUAUUUUUUUUAAUUUACUAGCCUCGAUUACAAAUUAACUAGCCCUACUUUACAUUAAGUUAAUAUAAUUUUA